AUGUCCGGCAUUGGGACGGCUGCUUCCAUUUUGCAGCUGGCAUCGGCUGCCACCAAGAUCUCAUUCCAAGUCUACGAAUUCAUCACGACAAUCAAGAAUGCACCCCGAGAGAUCGAGAAUCUGGGUUCUGAUAUGAUGAACUUUUAUCUUCUGGUGAACAAUCUCACCGACGCACUCGAAUCUCGGGACAUUCGAGGCUUCGUGGACCAGGACGCGCAACUCAACAGGGCGAUGAAAAACCUAUUUGUCCCCAUGGCGAAGUGCCAGCUCAAUUGCGACCAGGUGAACGAGAAAUUGAAACUGCUGGAUUUUCAGACCGAUCCAGAGGGUGAAGGACUCAUGAGCGAAAAAAAUGCAUCUAGUGAUGAACCGAAGAAAUCUCGCACUUGGGUUCGAGACUGGAUGUGGCCAUUUCGGCGAAGAGAAAUCUUCGCCAUGAUGACUGAAUUUGACCGAUCCAGGUCAAUCUUCUCGGAUUCCAUGUCAAGCCUUACACUGAUUCUCACAUUGAAACAGCCUGUUAUGGCAAUGGAUCAAACCUCCAAAGCCACUCAGAGGCAUUCUUUCAAUGAUGAUGCCGGAUCUGCAAUUGCCGACUUUGCAUCUACACAUGCAACCCUGAUCCCCACGUCGACAACGAAAGAAGGGGACGGGUUUUCCGACCCCAAAUACGUGGAAGAGUUGAUGGGAGCAGUACGGCGUGGCUCUGUUUCCCUGGUGGAGAUCAUGUUAAACAGCGUGAAUGUCAACGUCCGUGACCUUCGAGAUGGCCGCACAGCGCUUUCAUAUGCGGCACAGAGAGGUGAUAUCGAGAUGGUGAAGUUGCUCCUGAAACGAGGAGCAGACACCAAUACACGACAAUACAGCCUGAGCAAGCCCUAUAAGAAUGGCGGGAAUAGCCGGCCGAUGAGAGUCAGUGGUCGAUUGCCGAUUCAUUGGGCUGUAGCCAAUAACCACAGUGAGGUCACUGAGAUCUUACUGCAAUAUGGGGCAAAUCCGAAUGCCAGAAAUACCUCUGGUCGAUCGGUUCUGCAGGAUGCCUGUAUGAAUAACGAUACCAAAUCAGUUCGGCUCUUGCUGCGGUAUGGGGCUGAUGUCAAUGCCAGGAGUUACAAUGGGGGCUGGUCAGGCCUACACGAAGCUGCCACAUGGAAUCUCGUCGAGGUUCUAGAGAUUCUCUUAGAGUAUAACCCUUUACUCGAUGUACCCGCCAUCCACGACCCCGAGGGUUGUGCUCCAAUACAUAUAGCCACUCGAUGGGGGCAUAUCGAGAUCAUGAAGCUCCUUCUGUCCAAGGGUGCAGAUCCUGACAUCCCGAUGCUCGAGGACAUGACUGCCCUCCAUUUAGCUGCCGCGGGAGGGUUGGUCAAUGAGCUCAACUUGCUGCUCAAUUGGGGCGCUUCCCCGAAUCCUCAAGAUGCGCGACUCCGUGAAACCCCUCUGCACAAAGCGGCCCGCAAUCUCGAGCUUGAAGCCAUGGAGAAUCUGUUGUUGAGGGGUGCCGAGACAGAUGUGCCGAAUAUUGAUGGUCGGAAUUAUGAGUUUGUCUUGGAUUGUGCCCAGCGAUAUCCCGAUGACUGGUAUAUCAGUACUAGAUUGGGUUCUUUUUGUAGCUGGGGCUAG